AUGGUUGUAUUUGUGGCAUUGGUGUUAGCGCUGUUGUCUCAGGUGGUAUGCAAAGUCUUGGUUACUAAAUGCACCCUCAGCGAGCCGGUCCCUAUCCUUCAUAAGUACUAUCAGUCGGGAGACCUCAUCAUCGCAGGCAUUAUUUCUCAGAUCUACAUAUUUUCUAAGAGCAUAACCUUCGAAAAACCUCCGUCUCCUGAAUUCCUUGAUGAACAAAUCCACUUCAGUGCAAGCUGGACGUACCGUGCCUCCUUGGAACUUCUCUCCAAAAGGGACAAAUAUGUCCCUAACUACAAGUGUGAGAGGCAGAACAAUCCAUUAGCGGUGAUUGGCGGACCCAGCUCGAAUGUCUGUGUCCACAUGGCCACCGUCCUGUGCAACUACAAGAUUCCCCAGGUCAUAUAUGCUUCGGCUCCUGUGCUAAAUAACAAAACUCAUGCUGUUUUUUUCCACUCAAUGUUCCCAAGUGGGACCCUUCAGUAUAUGGGCAUUGCCAGGUUAUUGCGGCAUUUCAAGUGGACAUGGAUAGGAGUGCUCUCGGAUGACAAUGACAACACAGAGAAGUUUGUAGAGAAUGAGCUUUCUGUGUUUACCGACCACAGCAUCUGCUUUGAGUUUGUACACAUCUUCCCAAAGAUGACUUUUUCCAGUAACAUUGAUCAGUUGGUGGUGAAGGGAGGUGAAACGCUGCAUAUCAUCAAUGCAAGCACUGCCAAUGUGAUGGUCAUGCAUGGUGAAAUCCACACAGUAGCACUUCUAAGGACGAUGCUGUUUCAGGCAGAAUUUGAGGACAAGCCCAUGAAGCCCAAAAUUUGGAUCAUGACCGCACAGAUGGAUUUCACAUCAUAUCCUUUCCAAAGAGAGUGGGACUUAGGCUUCGUCCAUGGUGCUCUCUCCUUCUCAGUUCAUGCAAAGGAGAUGUUAGGAUUCAGGAAGUUUCUUCAGAUGAGAAUCCCUACCUCAGAGACAGAAGAUGGCUUUAUCAAGGACUUCUGGAAGGUGGCAUUUCAGUGUACAUUACCCAACACUGCGGCAGAUGCAACAGAUGAGGAAAUCUGUACUGGGGAGGAGAAGCUGGAGACUCUCCCUGGAUCUGUUUUUGAAAUGAGCAUGACUGGCCACAGUUACAGCAUCUAUAAUGCUGUCUAUGCUGUGGCACAUGCUGUGCAUGCCAUGUAUGCAUCCCAACUCCAACCCAGAGCAACAGCUGACAGAGUGAAACCAAACCUGAUUCCACAGCCUUGGCAGCUACACCAAUUUCUGAGAAGGGUUUCAUUUAACAAUAGUGCAGGAGAAAGAGUUUCCUUCACUCAAAAUGAGGCAUUAAGAGGUGGCUUUGAUAUUCACAACUGGGUCACAUUCCCAAAUAAGUCCUUCCUUAGAUUCAAAGUUGGACAGUUCGAACCAAAGAAAUCCAUGGACAAUGGGUUGACCAUCCGUGAAGGAGCCAUUGUAUGGCCCAGUAGUUUUAACCAGUCACGGCCCCUGUCUGCAUGUAACGACAACUGUCAUUCAGGUUAUAGUAAGACCAAGGCAAAGAUAGAAGGGAAACCAUUUUGCUGCUAUGACUGCAUUAAAUGUUCAGAAGGGAAGAUUUCAGAUCAAAAGGACAUGGAUUACUGUUUUCAGUGUCCUGAAGAUCAAUAUCCAAACAAUAACCAGGAUUCUUGCAUCCCCAGAAUUAUAAGCUUCCUGUCUUAUGAAGAACCUUUGGGGAUCACUUUGGCUGUUUUUGCUCUUCUCUUUUCUUUCCUUACAGUUCUAGUACUCGGGAUCUUCAUUAAACACCAAGACACUCCCAUUGUCAAAGCCAACAACCGAGACCUCACCUACACACUUCUCGUCUCCCUCCUGCUCUCCUUCCUUUGCAUUUUCCUAUUCAUUGGCCAACCAGAAAAACUGAAGUGUCUCCUUCAGCAAAGUGCUUUUGGCACAGUAUUCUCUUUGGCGGUUUCCUGUGUGCUGGCCAAAACCAUCAUGGUGGUUCUAGCCUUCAUGGCAACCAAGCCAGGCUCCAAGAUGAGGAAAUGGGUGGGAAAACGGUUGACCAACUCUAUUGUUCUCUCCAGUUCCUUUAUUCAAGCCACUAUUUGUGUUGUGUGGCUUGCAACCUCUCCCCCCUUCCCAGAUUUUGAUAGGCACUCAACACCGGGAGAAACAGUAUUACAAUGUAAUGAAGGGUCUGUGAUAAUGUUUUAUUGUGUCCUGGGCUUUAUGAGCUUCCUAGCUGUUAUCAGCUUCACUGUUGCUUUCCUAGCCAGAAAGUUGCCUGACAGUUUUAAUGAAGCCAAAUUUAUCACCUUCAGCAUGUUGAUCUUCUGUAGUGUUUGGUUAUCUUUUGUUCCGAGCUACCUGAGCACAAAGGGAAAAUACAUGGUGGCUGUGGAGGUCUUCUCCAUCUUGGCGACCAGUGCUGGGUUACUGAUCUUCAUCUUCUCUCCCAAAUGCUAUAUCAUUUUGAUGAGGCCUGAACUGAACAAAAGGGGGCAGAUAGUAAGACAAAAAUAUUAA